GCAGAGACUCCAGGUCUGAAGAAAAAGACCCGGGGAGAAGACAGAACAGAAAAGUGGGAGAGCAGACGGCAAAAGGUGGUCGGGACCUGAAAAAGCUGGCCGCGAUUGAAGCCAUGGAAAAUGCCGAGCUGGUAGAAGAGCCAUGGGAUUAUUCUCGGUCCCUAAAAGAAGGCGAGUACCGGGCCUGUUCCAUCCCCAAGGCCUCCGCAGAUCUGUUCUAUCCCUUGAAUGAAUCUGGAGCUCUGGCGUACGUGGCGCGGGAUGCCAAUCUCCGGGCGAUCCUCGGUGGAGAUCCGUCGGGAUGGGAGAUUAGCGAGGUGGGUGACGGCAACAUUAAUUUUGUGUUCAUUCUCAAGGGUCCAUCGAGCUGCCUGGUGUUGAAACAAGCUCUGCCGUACAUUCGCUGCAUCGGAGAGUCCUGGCCGCUAGGUCUGGAGAGAACGCACUUCGAGGCUGCCGCUCUCAAACAGUUCGCGCGCUUUUGUCCUCAGUACGUGCCCACGAUCUACAAGGAUGAUCGGUCGAUGGCCCUCCUGGUGGAGGGGUACUGCGCGCCGCCGCACGUCAUCUUGCGCAAAGGUUUCAUCAAGGCGGAGGAGUAUCCGUUGCUAGCGGAACACGUGGCGGAUGUUCUGUCGAAGGCGCUCUUCUUCACCUCCCUGCUGUCGUGUGACACGUCAGCUCAUCGGCAGCUGACGGCGGAGUUCUGUGAAAACGUCCAGAUGCGGAUGGUGACCGAGCAGGUGGUUUUCACCGAACCAUACGUCCUGUCCAGGAACAACCGGUGGACCACGCCGCAGCUGGACAACGAGGUCAUGGAUUUGCGAAAGGACAGCAGACUGAAGGUGGCGGCGGCACAGAUGAAGGCCAAGUUCUGCGAACGAGCGCAAGCACUCAUUCAUGGAGAUCUGCACUCAGGAUCGAUCAUGGUCACACAGACAUCCACUCAAGUGAUCGAUGCUGAGUUUGCUUUCGUGGGGCCUAUGGCAUUCGAUCUGGGCUGUUAUAUAGCCAACGUUAUGCUCUCCUUCUUCAGCCAAGACGGACUUCCGCUGUCGCCGUCGUCAUCGCCAUCGCCAUCGUCGGUGUCACCGGAUUGUGAUCCGUCGUCUGUCGACGACGGCGGCAAUGCAUUAUCUUCAUCGCCAUCGUCAAGAGACGAGGGAUCGAACACCGAGAUCAGCGCAGAGAUGAGCGAGGUUGAUGAUGGCCGCCGCGUGAGUGCGGAUCGACGUCAUAGCUACAAGCAGUGGUUGGUAAGAUUGAUUGAAUGCACCUGGACGAUUUUUGCCCAUAAACUCCGACUACUGUGGGCUGAACACUCGUCGCCCUCCGUUUCUUCCUGUCCAACAGAGAAAGCAGCCCAAGGAGGGGGAAUAAAACUAGGAAGAGGAGGAGGAGAAAGAGGAGGAGGAGAAGGAGGAGGAGGAGGAGGUGAUGCUUACCCUCUGCCGGUUUACUGUGGGGUAGAAGAUGGUGAUACUACUUUGGCGAUAGCGCAGGAUGAGUUCUUGAGGGAGCUUCUAGAAGAUAGCGUGGGGUUCGCGGGGGUCGAGAUGAUCCGUCGGAUCGUCGGGAUCGCCCACGUUGAAGAUUUUGAAUGCAUCGACGACGUCGAAAUCCGCGCAGGAUGCGAGCUUCGAGCGUUGAGAUUCGCCCGAUCUAAUCUGGUGAAUAGAAGGGAGAUCCCGACCAUCCAUGAGCUUGUUCAUCGCCUGAGUAUGACAAGCAAAAUCCGCAGCGGUGGGCAGGUGGCGCCAGAGACGUCAAAAUUUUGAUCCGUUCUUUAAACUUCUUUUUAUGGUGUUUUUUUCUUUUGGAAAAAAAAUGAUCCGUUCCUUUUUUUUAAUCUUUAUUAGUUAUUUGUUUUCAAGUUUGUUUUGUUUUUUUUCCCAAAUUUUGAUCCGCUUUUUUUCGUGGUUUCCCGUACCACAUGGUGGCUAUGUAUCCCAAUUAAUUAAUUUCUGUGUCUUACGAUCCACUGACUUUUUUUUUUUUCUAUUUUUUUUUUUUUUUCCCCCUUAAUAUUUGACAUUUUGAUCCGAGCCGUUCUUUUCUUUUCGUUUUCUUUUUUUUGGGGGGGGGUUGUGGGUGGGCGUAAAACAUCUUUGCUCCGUUCUUUCUUCGACUUCAAUGUAAACUUCAUUUGUCCGAUUUUUUGUGUUUUUUUUUGGGGGAAACUGCCUCUCUUUUUCUCUGGUGUUUUGUUUGACUUUUAGUUUUUCAAAAUUCUAAGUAAAGUAAUAUUCAUGGC